AUGAAAAGCUGGCCAUGCAAUGUCCAAGAUGUCUACACUUACAAGCCAGACAAUGUCGAGUGGAUCGUACCAAACAUCAAUGAUUCAUGGACUAAUGAUAGAGACUCACUGCGGCAUCAAUCAUCUGUUUUGGAAUCUUUGGACUUUGACAUCAUUCAAUCAUCAGCAUCAGGAUCAUCGACAUCAAUAAAAGCCAUUGUUACGCAUUGCCCAGACAUUCAAUACCAACCAGACAAUGAACUCGGUCAUCGUCGUGUUAGGCUGUUUGAUGUAUCGACAAGGUUGGAGGACAAGGCUGCUGAGGACAUCAAGGAUUGCAAGGACAUUGGUUUGAUCGUCUAUAAUGUCUACAAGCCAGGACCAUCAUUUAGAAAGAGUUCACCUGGUACACCAGACUUUAGAAUAUCAAUAAUGCGAUUCAUGGACAAGGUACCAUCGAAGGACGUUUUCAAUCGCAUUCAAUCAGCGUUCAAGGAUUCAGUACCUCUGUACUUUUGUGUCAUUGCCUUGAAUGACAUUUCAUUCUUCUCGCUCCAAGAGAUGGAUGCGAUGGCACUCUAA